AUGAAUGGGGCAGUCGAGGCAGACAACAUGAAUAUCAAGAGAAUUCUACGAAAGAUAGUGGACAAUCACAGACAAUGGCACGAGAAACUACCUUUUGCUUUACUGGGUUAUCGAACUACCAUGAGAACAUCCACUGGGGCAACACCGUACAUGUUGGUAUACAGCACUGAAGUGGUGACACCCGCAGAGGUCGAGAGACCAUCUUUAAGGGUCAGUCAAGAGGCAAAAUUGGACGACGCAGAGUGGAUACGGGUCAGACAGGAACAACUCAUACUUAUUGACAAGAAAAGAAUGGAUGUCGUAUGUCAUGGACAACUAUAUCAGAACAGGAUGGCCAGUGCAUUUAACAAGAGUGUGAAGCCCCGCCAAUUCACACUGGGGCAGUUGAUUUUGAAGAAAAUCUUUCCCCAUCAAGAAGAAGCCAAAGGAAAGUUCGCACCAAAUUGGUAA